GAGCGUAACGCUUGUUGUAAACUUUGCGGUCUGUAUUGCAAGUUAAUAUGGAGGGAUCUGUGUCCAACUUGGAGAUCUGUAAUUUGGCCUACACGGGCAAAUUUGAUCAACUUAAAUCAUGUAUUUUGUCUGACAGAAGUUUGGCAGAGAAAACAGAUCAGGACCACAGGACCGCUCUGCACUGGGCAUGCUCAGCUGGACAUGCACAGAUCGUCCAGUUUCUUUUGGAUCUUGGAGUUGAGGUGGAUAUUAAGGAUGAUGCAUCUUGGACUCCUCUGCACAUUGCAGCUUCUGCAGGAAGAGAGGAGAUUGUUAGAUAUUUAAUAGGCAAAGGAGCACAACUGAAUUCAGUCAACCAGAAUGGCUGCACUCCAUUACAUUACGCUUCAUCAAAGGACCAAUAUGAGAUCGCCUUGCUUUUACUGGAAAAUGGUGCCGACCCGAAUGCUACAGAUAAACUGAAAUCCACACCUCUACACAGAGCCUCAGCAAAAGGGAACUAUCGUCUCAUCCAACUCCUCCUAAAACAGAGUGCUUCUACUAAUAUUCAGGACUCUGAAGGCAACACACCACUCCACCUUGCAUGUGACGAGGAGCGAGCAGAGGCUGCAAAGCUCUUAGUUGAACAUGGUGCCAGCAUUUACAUUGAGAAUAACGAGGAAAAGACGCCUUUACAGCUCGCCAAAGGUGGACUUGCGAAUAUUCUUAAGAGAAUUGUAGAAGGCUGAAGUGAUGAGACAAUUUGUGCAUCAGUUGCUUCUGGCUGGUUGACAGAUAUUCAUCGUUAUUAAAAAAGGACUGCAGUCUGUA